AUGUCGAACGCGUACCAGUCGAUGACGACGCCCAACGACCAAAAGAAUUACGUCAACGACGUCGGUCAAGUCGAGUGGGGCGCGAUCCCGCUCAACGCUGCCUUGGAUAAACUCAAGACGACCCGCGAAGGGCUCAGCACGGGCGAGGGUCAAAAGCGCAUUGAAGAGCACGGCCCGAACAAGCUUCCGGAGAACAAGGUCAACAAGCUCAUGGUUUUCCUUGGCUUCAUGUGGAACCCGCUGUCGUGGGCGAUGGAAGUCGCCGCGAUCUUGUCCAUCGUCCUCUUAGACUUUCCCGACUUUGGUCUCAUUGUCGCGCUCUUGUUGCUCAAUGCGUGCAUUGGGUACUUUGAAGAGAUCCAAGCCGGCGAUGCCGUCGCGGCCCUCAUGGGUCAAUUGGCUCCCGAAGCCAAGGUCUUCCGCGACGGCGCCAUGACGCGUAUCCCGGCCGACCAGCUCGUCCCUGGCGACGUCAUCCGCAUCCGUUUGGGCGACGUUCUCCCCGCCGACGUCAAGUUCCUUGAAGGCGACCCCGUCAAGAUCGACCAGUCGUCGUUGACGGGCGAAUCGCUCCCCGUGACCAAGUCCACGGGGGACGAAGGGUACUCUGGUUCGGUGUGCAAGCAAGGCGAAAUCGAAGCCGUGGUGACAAACACUGGCGUCAACACGUUUUUGGGCCGCGCGGCGGCGCAGAUCGCCGGCGUCGAGUCGCAAGGCCGUCUGCAGGAAGUGCUCACGACCGUGGGCAACUUUUGCAUGGUGUCCAUCAUUGCGUGGUGCAUCAUCGAGCUGGUUGUUCAAAUGGGGUCCCGCGCCGACGAGAACCCGUGCUUGAUUAUCGCGGACGGUUGUUUGGGUGUGGCCAACAUUUUGGUGUUGAUUGUCGGCGGCAUUCCCGUCGCGAUGCCGACGGUGCUGAGCGUGACGUUGGCGAUCGGGUCGUCGGCGCUGGCCAAGGAGAAUGCGAUUGUGACGCGGCUGACGUCGAUCGAAGAGAUGGCGUCGAUGGAAGUGCUGUGCUCGGACAAGACGGGGACGCUCACGUUGAACAAACUGAGCGUCGACUUGGACAACUUGAUCCCGUACAACGGGUUCGACAAGGCGCAGAUCAUCCGCGACGCUGCGUUGGCCGCCCGCGUCGAGAACCACGAAGCCAUCGACGUCGUGUGCUUUGAGACGUACCCGGAAAAGGACACAAUGUGGGACACGUACACGCUGCUGCACUACACGCCGUUCGACCCGACGACCAAGCGCACGAUUGCCAAGAUUCGUGAAAACGCCACCGGUCGCAUCUUUCGCACGUGCAAGGGGGCGCCACAAGUGUGCUUGGACAUGGACGUGAAUGCCGACGAUCUCCGUGACGAGGUCGAAGGUCGCAUCAACGAGUACGCGGGCCGCGGGUACCGUGGGUUGGGUGUGUCGAUCUCGGAAGGCGACGUCCCGCUGGACAAGGCCGAGUGGAAGUUGGUCGGGUUGAUGCCGCUGUUUGACCCGCCUCGCCACGACACGGCCGAGACGAUCCGUCGCGCGAUUGACUUGGGUGUCGCCGUCAAGAUGGUGACGGGGGAUCACCGCGUCAUUGCGGUCGAGACGUGCCGUCAAUUGGGCAUGCCGACCAACAUCUUGGACACGCGCUUCUUCAACCAGGCGCCGCCCCCCGGCAUGAACUUGGCCCAGCUUGUGUACGAAACGGACGGGUUUGCCCAAGUGUUUCCCGAGCACAAGUUUGAGAUUGUCCGCCACUUGCAAAGCCUCGGCAAGGUCGUCGGCAUGACUGGCGACGGGGUGAACGACGCGCCGGCGCUCGCCCAAGCCGACAUUGGGAUUGCCGUCGACGACUCGACGGACGCAGCCCGUGCCGCCGCCGACAUUGUGCUCGUGUCGCCUGGGUUGAGCGUCAUCAUCACGGCCAUCCGCAUGAGUCGCGAAAUCUUCUUGCGCAUGAAAAACUACGCCAUGUACUCGAUUGCCAUGACCGUGCGCAUCGUGUGCACGUUUGGUUUGUUGACGGUGUGCUACAACUGGACAACGUGA